GGUCCAGUCCAAACUCGGUACCCAACUGAAAGAGUAGGGUUUAUGUAAUCGAAAUUGCGACACCAUCGUCUACAUAUCGAAGAGGCGCCCAAGCGAUUUCACUCUUUCGCCGUCGCCACUCACAACACGCGAGCCACAAUGCCUAAGCAGAUCCACGAGAUCAAGGAUUUCCUUCUGACGGCGCGGAGGAAGGACGCGAGGUCCGUGAAAAUCAAGAGGAGCAGGGACGUCGUUAAGUUUAAGGUUCGAUGCUCCAAGUAUUUGUACACGCUUUGUGUCUUUGACCCUGAGAAAGCCGAUAAAUUGAAGCAAUCUCUUCCACCAGGUUUGAGUGUUCAAGACCUGUAGAGUGUGGUACCAUUUGUUCCCCUUUUUGUUAUGUUAUGCUCUAGAUUUUGUGGCUUGGUUUUAUAUUUUCAUAAUUGUUAUGAGGACAUGUUUUUAAUUUGCUUUGAAAUGUGAAAGUUUGAUUUUGAGCACAAAUUAAUUGAAUUGCCUCUAGAUUUGUUGUUUAUUGUACUAUGGUGUGCUAUCUACUGUAGAGUCUUCUGAAUCAUACAACUUUAUGAUUCUAACCAUGAUACCAGCGAUUUGAUUUCA